CUCUUCUCUAGUAUCUGAAAUGACCAGUAGCACAUCGUGUUUUCAAAACCUAAUCCAAUUCCUUCACACAUCGUGUUUUCACUUUCUUCUUCCCUCUAGGGUUUGUUUCAAUGGCGGAAGAAGCACAGUACGCAACCCUAAAACGUAAAUACGAUGACCAACCCACCGCCACUGACAUCGAACUCGAAGUCGCAAACGCCAAACAACGAGCUCAAGAAGUCGCCGCUCGUCUUCUCAGCGUCACCGGCGCUCCACCACUCUCCUACGAUCCCAAACGAACCAAGUCCGAUAACGGUGCUCCACACUCGGGGUUUGAUUCUUACGAUUUGAAGCCGCAAUAUUCACAACAAGGUGGUAGUUAUGGUUCUAGUAAGAAGAUUGAAAUACCUAAUGGUAGGGUUGGUGUUCUUAUUGGUAAAGGAGGUGAAACUAUUAAGUAUCUUCAGAUGCAAUCUGGUGCUAAGAUUCAAGUUACUCGUGAUAUGGAUGCUGAUCCUAAUUCUCAGACUAGGAUGGUUGAACUUAUGGGUACUCCUGAUGCUGUUUCUUCUGCUGAGAAACUCAUCAAUGAAGUCCUUGCCGAGGCUGAAGCUGGGGCUUCUGGCGGUGGAACUAGACGGAUGGUUGCACAAUCUGGGGGUGAUGAAUUUGUGAUGCAAAUACCAAACAAUAAGGUUGGCCUUAUAAUCGGUAAAGGAGGAGAAACAAUAAAGAGUAUGCAAGCUUCUACCGGAGCACGAAUUCAGGUGAUACCUUUGCAUCCUCCCCCAGGUGAUACAUCAACAGAAAGAACAUUAAAAAUCGAUGGGACCCCUGAUCAGAUUGAAUCAGCAAAGCAAUUGGUUAAUCAAAUCCUCACUGGUGAGAAUCGUCUCAGAAAUUCAGGGAACUCCGGUGGUUAUACUCAGCAAGGUUACCAAUCCCGACCACCGUCUAGCUGGGCUCCUCCUCCUGCUCCUGUGCAACAAGCUGGUUAUGGCUAUGGGCAACCUGGAUCAUACUCUGGUCCAUCACCGCAGUAUAACAUGCCUCAGCCACCAUAUGCAGGCUAUCCUCCUCAGCAACCCGGUGGAUAUUCCGCCAACUGGGACCAAUCCACCGCACCAUCUCACCAGCAGUCUACUCAUGCAAGUGGUUAUGAUUAUUACAACCAACAACCCCAGCAACAGCAAAAUCCUGGGGGUCCUCCACAGCCAGCUGAUGGGUCUGGAUACAGUUACAGUCAACCUCCUUCCUCUGGUUAUAGCCAACCAGGACAGGGUUAUGGUCAGGAAAGCUAUGGUGCGUAUAAUGCACAACAACAAUCUGGGUAUGGUCAGCCACAAACUUAUGAUCAGCAACAAGGUUAUGGCUCUGCUCCAAGUUAUGGAAGUGGGAGUAAUCCAACCCAAGAGGGGCACACUUCCAACUAUGGAUCACAAGCGGAUACCUCCCAAACUUCCCAACCCACUACUGUUGCUCAGCAAGGUUAUGCUACCAACCAACCAGAAACUCCUCAACCAGGUUAUGCGGUAGCCCCUACCACCCAAGCGGCCUAUGGAAGUCAACCACAGUCUGGUUAUGGACCUAGUUAUGGUGCUCCUCCCUCUCAGAAGCCAAGUGCAAAUCCACCUGUUUAUGGUCAAUCACAGUCACCUAGCACAGCAGGAGGCUAUGGUCAUUCAGCAUAUCCCUCUAGCCAGGCCCCGCCUUCUGGAUAUGCUCAGCCAGAGUUGGGCACUCAGAGAGCACCAGUGCAACCAGGGUAUGGUCCGCAAUCAUAUGGUGCUCCUCAAGGUGGCCAGCCUGGCUAUGGCCAGACUCCACCGUCAUAUGGGAAUAGUUCUUAUGGUGGCAGUUAUGCUCAGGCUCCAGCGUAUGCUAGCGAUGGAGCAACUGCACAGGCUGUUCCACAGGGCAGUGUUGCUAAAGUGUCACCCAAGAGUUGAUUUUUCUUUUGUGAUGGUUAUUAUGGUCCUUUGGGAUGUGGUUUUAAUUUUUUUCCUCCCAUUUUUAUAGCAACAUCUAUGUUGGAGAUUGAUAUUUUUCUGUUUUGUUAAUUAUUUUUUACUGCCGUUUUCUGCCAUAAUUUAAGUGUUGCUUGUUUAUGUAUAAGUGUCAUAAUUAGAUUGUUGCUUAUUUAGUAAGUAAAACAGUCCCUAGGUAAUGAUGUCUAUUGUUCUUAGGUAAUGAUGACUAGUGCUUAAGAGUAGAUUUAGUGUAGAUUUUAUGUUCCUUACAAGCAAGAAGGAGAAAAAGAUUAUAGAAAAGGAUGUUGAUUGUAAUGUUGUUGAUGCCUCUGUUUAUGACUUGUGUUUUUCAAAAUGAAAAUGAAGACCUCCUAGAUUA